AUGGAGCAGUAUACAGCAAACAGCAAUAGUUCGACAGAGCAGAUUGUUGUGCAGGCUGGACAGAUUCAGCAGCAGCAGCAGGGUGGUGUCACUGCUGUCCAGUUGCAGACUGAGGCCCAGGUGGCAUCCGCCUCAGGCCAGCAAGUCCAGACCCUCCAGGUAGUCCAGGGGCAGCCAUUAAUGGUACAGGUCAGUGGAGGCCAGUUAAUCACAUCAACUGGCCAACCCAUCAUGGUCCAAGCUGUCCCUGGUGGACAAGGUCAAACCAUCAUGCAAGUACCUGUGUCUGGGACACAGGGUUUACAGCAGAUACAGUUGGUCCCACCUGGACAGAUCCAGAUCCAGGGCGGGCAGGCUGUGCAGGUGCAGGGCCAGCAGGGCCAGACCCAGCAGAUCAUCAUCCAGCAGCCCCAGACGGCAGUCACUGCUGGCCAGACCCAGACCCAGCAGCAGAUUGCGGUCCAGGGCCAGCAAGUGGCUCAGACUGCUGAAGGGCAGACCAUCGUCUAUCAGCCAGUUAAUGCAGAUGGCACCAUUCUGCAGCAAGUCACAGUCCCUGUUUCAGGCAUGAUCACCAUCCCAGCAGCCAGUUUGGCAGGAGCACAGAUUGUUCAGACAGGAGCCAACACCAACACCACCAGCAGUGGACAGGGGACUGUCACUGUGACACUACCAGUGGCAGGCAAUGUGGUCAAUUCAGGAGGGAUGGUCAUGAUGGUGCCUGGUGCUGGCUCUGUGCCUGCUAUCCAAAGAAUCCCUCUCCCUGGGGCAGAGAUGCUGGAAGAAGAGCCUCUCUAUGUGAAUGCCAAACAGUACCACCGUAUACUGAAGAGGAGGCAAGCCCGGGCUAAACUAGAGGCUGAAGGGAAAAUUCCAAAGGAAAGAAGGAAAUACCUGCAUGAGUCUCGGCACCGUCACGCCAUGGCUCGGAAGCGGGGUGAAGGUGGACGGUUUUUCUCUCCAAAGGAAAAGGAUAGUCCCCAUAUGCAGGAUCCAAACCAAGCAGAUGAAGAAGCAAUGACACAGAUCAUCCGAGUGUCCUAACCCCAGGCCACGUGAGGGAGCAGAUUAAGGUUAUGUUCCUCGCCACUGUUUCCCACUGUUCCAGGAAAUUGAUCACCUCUUCCGAUGGGACACUGACGAUUAUGUUCUGCCCUUUU